GCUGGCGGCGUCGCCCAGCUAGCAUCGGCUCUGAAGACGGUCGCGGAGUCCAUUGGCACGCUGAAGUUCGCCAAUGGAGACGCCAUCGCAAAGCAGCUCGCGGGCGUCGCGGAUGCGCUCCAGGAGGCGCCGGAGACGCAGACCAAGUCGCGCGCUGCGCGCUUGGCUGAGGCGGCGAAAGAGCUCGAGUACGCCAACAAGCAGUACGAGUGGGCGUUCGAGCAGGCGGAGAUAGCACAGCAGAAAGCCGAGAAGGCCAAGGCCGCCCCGGAGGAGAGAGCGGACGCGGUCGUGAAGGCUCGGCGCGAGAUCGAGGAGAUGCAGCAGGGGGGCAAGCCGAACACCAGCCAGCGCAGCAUCUUGGAGCAGGUUCUCGACGCGGACGCGGACCUGCUCUCGCCGGGCGACGUGCAGAUCGCCGAAGUGGAGCAGGUUUUCGCGCGCUCGGGCGACCUGGGCGAGCGGGGUCGCACGGCGGUCGACGACGCUAAGCGCCGGGUGCUAGGGCAGCUGCAGAGGGGCGCCGGGGGGUUCGCGGGCCAGCUGAAGCAACGCCUCCAAGCGGCAAAGCUGAAGGCGGAGCAGGAGAGAGCCGAGAUCCAGCAGGCCUGCAGGAAGAGGAAGCGCCGCAUCUUCUGCGCCAACAUCGCGCGGUGGGGCCCGACGGUCUUGAGCUGGCUUCGCCGAGAUGGAGCGCGGCAGCUGGGCGACGUCUACGCUUUGCAGGGGGCCCGCCUGGCCCACCGCGAGCGCGACAGCACAGUGCGCAAGCUGCAGAAGGCGGGCUUCUCAGCAGUGUUCGCGGCAGCGCGGGCAAGCGACAGGGGCCAGACGGGCGCUUGCGGAGGCGCUGGGGUCCUCGUCAAGGGCUGCCUCAAGGCGACGUCGCAUCGUCACUCUGCGCAUGCGUGGUUCCUCAUCAUCUUCAUCUACUUGGGCCCGUCCCACCCCGCCGCCAGCGGCGAGAACCCCGGGAAGUUAACGGCGCUGGCGGCGUUCCUCAGCGUUGUGCGCGCACCGUGGGUUCUCUGCGGCGGCUUCAACAGGCCAUGUGAAGACAUGGUGAAGUCAGGGUGGACAACCGCCCUCGGUCCAACAGCUUACGUCGGGCUCGACACCGACCAGCGCACCUGCUUCCUCGGCGACGCCCCGCCCUCCAACAUCGACUACGCGUUGGUCAGCGACGGCGGUCAACGACUCGUUCGAGGAAUCCAACUAGUGCGCGACGUACCUUGGCCGCCACACAUCGGGCUCGACAUCGCCAUCAGAGCAGACGUGGGCUCCAACCGCAGCCGUACGAUGGACGAAACCGGUGGCGCCCCCCUCGGCUCCGUGGUCGACGGCCUCAGCGAGUUCGCCCUGCGCCGCGACGCACAACUACCCCAACGCCGCAACUGCGACGCCCGCAACGUGGACUACCUCCAAGGCGCCGCCGAGGAUCGAAGGGCCGAGGUCAGCAGCAUGGAGAGCACCACCGUGGGGCCCAAUUCGGAGUUGAACGAUGUCAUGGACUGCGCGGGCGCUCGAAAGGCGCUGCAGCAGAUGCCGCCGCUCGAUCGACUUAGUGCGCGAUCACUCGAGAUCGACGCCAUCAAUGUGGACGAUGCGUGGGAGGUUGCAGACGAAAUGCACCACGGCCCCACCAGCACAGCCCCGCCCUAUAUCCAGAACUGUGCCGCCUACCACGUCGACCCCGACAGCGCCGACCAGCUAGGCGCGACAUGCCGACGCCUCACCAGCACGCUCGAGACGUACUACUACACCGCGUACCACAUUCCACUGGAAGACCGCCACCACUUCCUCGGGCGCGGGCAGGCGUGCGAAUUCAAGACGCAGCAGACACGGGAGUCCGACCACCACCAGAGAUGCGCAUCCGACAGGUCCGACUGGUGGGGCCGUGCGGAGAACAUCUUCAGCACGCUGGUCAAGCUUC